AAAAAUGCAACAUCUCAGCUACCCUCCAGAUAAAAAAAUUUAGAAUUAUCAAUUCAGCUUUAGAGCAAAAUUAGGAAAGGGUGCUUACGGUACAGUUUAUGCUGGUAGAAACACUUUAGAUAGUAAAUAUACAUUACUAUUUAUUAGAUAAAAUUGUUGCUCUCAAAGUGAUUGACAAAAAAUUGCUUCUGACAGAUUAUGCCAAUCAAUUAAUUGCAUCAGAGAUCGAAAUAAUGAAGAAGAUUAAUGAUUCUCAUGUUGUUAAAUUGUUGGAUGUAUUAUAAAGCGCUAAUAAUACAUAUAUCAUAACUGAGUUUUGUAAUUAAGGAGACCUAAGGGAGUUUAUCAAAAAUAGAAAGUACUAUAUACAUAUAUUUAGAGUUAUUCCAGAAGACGAAGCACUCAAGAUCUUGAAUGAUUUAUUAUUAGGAAUCAAGGCUCUACUUAAAAUCGGAAUAAUCCAUCGAGACAUCAAACCAGCCAACAUCUUAAUGCAUGACAACCAAUUCAAAAUAACUGAUUUUGGUUUUGCAAAACAAAUAGAUGCCAAUUUGGAUACCAUCAUGAAUUCUUUGGUUGGCACUCCUUUAUACAUGAGUCCUCAGAUCUUGAAACGAACUAAAUAUUCAUCCAAAUGCGAUGUUUGGUCACUCGGUUUGAUCUUGUACGAGAUGCUCUAUGGAGUAACUCCUUGGCAUUCCCAAAACCUUGUUGAAUUAAUGAAUAAAUUGGAUUCUAAAGUAAAAAAUUAAUUUAAUAAAUUAGCCAUUGUCAUUUCCAGUACAUCCGCAAGUCUCAGAAAACACUAAAAAGUUAAUCAAAGGUUGUCUUUAGAUUAGUGAGGAAAAAAGAUGGAGUUGGGAAGACCUAUUCAAUUCUGUUAAUAUCAAUCUAAAUGCAAGUGAUAAUAAAUAGGAAUCUCCUACUUCUACAGUGAAGGAGGAUACUUAAAUAGGAACUCAAAGGGAGAAUCAAAAUUACAAUUAGUCAAAGUACUCAAUACAAAUGCUUAGAAUAAAAUAGAGAACUGAGUCAUUGUGUCAAUAAAUCAAUAAACAUAACAGAAGUUUCAGCAACACAGCGUUUCUUACAAAUGAUAUUGCUAAAAAAUAUGAAAAUAAAACCCCUAUCAAUGAGAAAUAAAAAUAGGCAACUAGUUAUCUAGAUUUGAAGGAUAAACUAAAAUAAAAUUUGGAGAAAACUGAGAGAGAAAGAAGCAACUCAUAAAACUCGAAAUUUCACACACAAAGAUCAGAACUAAACAAUUAUUUGGAGAAGAUCCACAAUGUUCAAUAAAAGCUAAAUAGUAAUAAUGACUCAUGCAGAACACCUAGUGCCUUAUAAUCGCAUUCAACAAAUACAUCUAAUAAAUAAAACUACGACCUAGAUUUAGUCAAGGUGUCUGAAUUUUAACUAGAGGACAAUAAGGGGUCUGACAACUUUAUCUUGUUCAGAAAUCCAAAGACUGAAAGAGUGAAAAGAACCAAUAGUUUAAGUGGGAAUUUUGGUUAUUAGCAGCAACACUCUCCAUUUUAGGGGAAGUCCUCUAUACAGUAACUGAUUAAAACUAUGAGUAAUUAAUUAGAACUCAUCCCUAAUCAUGUAAAUUGCAAAGUUGAGAUCUACACUAUGGUUAUUUUACAUAAGGAUUUAAUCAAUCACACUCAAAAUAAACAAAUCUACACAAAUCAAGAUCUUAGAGAUCUAAAGUUACUAAUCAAUAAUCUAAUUACCUAUUUGAAUUCGAAUUCGGGAGAAUACUCUAGUAAAUAAUCACAAGUGCUGUUGUUGUUACUGUUAACAUACCAUAAGGUGGUGAUUUCCAAUAUUAAAAACAAAUCUUUGAACAUAGAUGCAAAUCUGAUAGAAUCAAUAAAAAAGAAUAUCUAAAUUCAGUAGAAUCAGAUGAAUAUUGAGUCUAAAGUGGUUAGAGAACAAAUACAUUAAUUAAUGUGA